AUGGCUCCGAGAAGUGCUGCAGCAAAGUUGGCAAAGCGCAACAAGAACAAGAAGACGGCAGCCCCGCCCAAGAGGAGCGAUGCGCCCCAGCAACAAGAGGCGGCAGAAGUCUCCGCGAAAAUUCCGCUGGAGCUACAGCAACUUCUGCUGAACGUCUUUCGGAACGCUUUCCCGAGCCGGUUCGGCUCCGACCUGAAGUCCCUGCUCCAAGAGGUAAAGCAGCAUCUCUACCACCGCGACUUCUUGACUGCUUUUGGAAAAGCCGAGUAUCUCGAAGCGUACGCCGUGCGCUGGAGCCCAAGCCGCGCCCUGGGCUACCUGCAAAUUUUCAAUGAUUUGGAGCAGCAUUUCCUGGCCAUAGAAGAGGCCGGGAGCAGGGAGACUGGGAAGCCCUGGAAGGUCGUUUGCCUCGGUGGUGGUGCUGGCGCAGAGAUCGUUGGUCUUGCCGGUCUGCUGAAACAGUUGGUUAAGAAAGAUGUACCAUCUGAGAGCAUUCAAGACGAACGUCCGUCAGAGGAGUCGUCAGAUACUGCCAUGUCAGCACCAGCGCUACCACAGUUUGAGAUAUCCGCCAUCGAUAUUGCCAACUGGACACCCGUCGUAACAAGUCUCCACUCUGCAAUCACCACCGCCCCGACGCUAUCUCAGUACGCAUCCGCUGCUGCCAAAGCGAGCAACGUAGAGCUCUUGCCUCCCCAUCUCUUCAAAACGACAUCUGUCCAGCAAGACAUCCUCACCAUGUCCACAGAUGAUCUCUCUGACCAGUUGCACAAUGCCGACCUCAUCACCCUCAUGUUCACCCUGAAUGAACUGUACAGCACCUCGCUUGCGAAAACGCAGGCCUUCCUCAUGAGGCUCACUGCAAGCUUACAGCAGGGUUCUUUGCUCCUUGUUGUGGAUAGCCCAGGCAGUUACUCCACAGUCACGCUUAACGGAGCCGAAAAGCAGUAUCCGAUGCACUGGCUGCUCGAUCAUACCCUCUUAUCGGUUCCGAAGGAUGCAAAAUCAACUGGAGAAGGACCAAAAUGGGGAAAGAUCCAUUCGGAUGAGUCCAGGUGGUUCAGGCUUCCGGAAGGGCUGAAGUACCCGAUCGAUUUGGAGAACAUGCGAUACCAGAUUCACCUCUACGAGAGAUUACCAUGA